UAUGUAUAGAGGGAGAGAGAGAGAGAGAGAGAGAGAGAGUGAAAACUGAAGAAAGGCGUUUGCUUUCGAGCCAUGGCGGCUUGACAGAGCUGUCCAUUAAUAUGGUCCAGUACAGCAGCACUGUUCCGAUGAUAUAGAAAUUGAAUUCUCCCCAAAUUGUUAUCAGACAAACCACCCAGAAAUCCCGAAUUCCGAUCAAUUCUUGCUCACAUCCCGAAACUAACAAGAAAGAGACGGACAAAUCACAAAAUCAAACCCUGAGAAAGAAGAAUUUAAGCUGGCCAAUUCUCCUCUCCUAUGGAUUGUCGGUCACAAUUGAGAUUAGGGUAUAGAAUUAUAAACUCUCAAGAUCAAUUAUGGCGGGUUUCUUCUCUCUAGGCACCACUACCACAACCACCACCGGAUUAUCUCGAAUCAACAACAACCAAGAAUCUCAACAAAACAGCGACAUCAAUCCGGAAAGUUGGUUUCUUUACAGAAAUCACGAAGACAUCUCAUUCAGAGGCUUGGACCUAUGGCAUCAUCAUCAUGAACAACAGAACCAGCAGCACCGCCAGGAUCUUUUCUCCUCUUCUGGUCCCGGCUUAGCAGUCGGCCCAAGCCGACUCGAUUCCAUCGAUGAUGAGUCUACGAGAUCCGGGUUCAUGAUGGUCCGCGAGAAUGGCGGAGUAAGCGCUGGACUCAGCUGUCAGGACUGCGGCAACCAAGCUAAGAAAGAUUGCACCCACAUCAGGUGCAGAACCUGCUGUAAGAAUCGAGGUUUCCCUUGCCAAACUCAUGUGAGGAGCACGUGGGUCCCAGCCGCCAAACGCCGUGAACGCCAGCAGCAGCGGCAACCGCCGCCUCCAUCGUCAACUUCCCGGGAUAGUUCCAAAAGGCAGAGAGAGAACAUUCCGACUGCUCAAGACGACACCACAUCCUCUCAUCAUCAUCAACUCGCUAUAGCCUCAGGUUUAGAAAUGGGUCAUUUUCCACCCAGGGUGAAUUCACAGGCUGUAUUUCACAUGGUGCGUUUGAGUUCAGUGGAUGAGAGUGAUGAUCAACUUGCAUAUCAGACGGCAGUGAACAUCGGAGGGCACAUUUUCAAGGGAAUUCUUUAUGAUCAAGGCCCAGAAAGUCAAUACAUGUCCUGUGAUAGCUCCUCCGGCACCACCACCGGUAACCUAAACCUAAUUUCCCCAAAUAAUACAGCACCACCACUACCCGCAGCCACUAGUGUUACCGUGGCAUCGCCCAGCACAAUGUUUUUCGACCCUUCCAUUUAUCAGGCGGCUCAAUUCAAUACUACUUUCAUGUCCGGUACGCAAUUCUUCCCACAUACAAGACAUUAGAAAUUAAGCUUAUCUUAAUUCCAUAUCCGCCCAACUAGAGAUGAUCCAGAUUAAAGAAUGUAGAGAGAGAGAGAGAGGAGAUUGAUGUUGUUUAAUUGAAUUUUGAUCUGAUCAUAUGACCUAUUUGUACUGUUUUCUGUUUAAAUGAUCUCAUCUUUAACUAAUUGAAACUUUCUAGGUUAUU